CUCAGCUCCGGGCAGAGCGCGAGCUUGAGCUCGUACCCCAGUCCCUUCUCCCCGCCCGCUCUUUACCUACGGGCAGUAGCUGGCCCGGUGGGCUCGCGGGGAGACGCUCGCGCGCGCAAGCGCACACCACACGGAGCGGAGCUCGAGACAUCGAGGAGUAAGAAGCAUCGGAGGAGGCGAUCCGGGAGGAGGACGUGUGUGUGUAUGUGUCUGUUCUACGGUGUGGCUUGUCUUGGGGUGAGAGGAGUCUUGAGAGAGGGCGAGGGAGAAGCGAAAAGAGUCAGAGCCUCCCUCUGCAAAGAGCCUUUAAUCUGGUUGCUAUAGAAACAUAUGACCACACAAAAGGAAGUCCAUUUUAAUAAUUCUGAUACCUGAGAUGUAACUGGACUGAAGACUAGAAACAGGAAAAAUUUUAGUGCCAACUUUAAUUACAAUGGCCACUGAUUCAGGAGAUCCAGCCAGCACAGAAGAUUCUGAGAAACCUGAUGGAAUUUCACUUGAAAACAGAGUUCCUCAAGUUGCUGCAACUUUGACAGUAGACGCCAGACUAAAGGAGAAAAACAGCACCUUCUCUGCUUCUGGGGAAACCGUAGAAAGGAAGAGAUUUUUCCGAAAGAGUGUUGAAAUGACGGAAGAUGACAAAGUUGCCAAAUCGUCCCCGAAAGAUGAGAGAAUAAAGGCUGCAACGAAUGUUCCAAGAGUAGAUAAACUUCCUUCAAAUGUGCUGAGAGGUGGACAAGAAGUUAAAUAUGAACAGUGUUCAAAGUCAACCUCGGAAAUCUCAAAAGAUUGUUUCAAGGAGAAAAAUGAAAAGGAAAUGGAAGAAGAAGCAGAAAUGAAAGCUGUAGCUACUUCUCCUAGUGGCAGAUUCCUGAAAUUUGACAUAGAAUUAGGAAGGGGAGCAUUUAAAACAGUGUAUAAAGGACUGGACACUGAAACAUGGGUUGAGGUUGCUUGGUGUGAGCUGCAGGAUCGAAAGUUAACCAAAGCUGAGCAGCAAAGAUUCAAGGAAGAAGCAGAGAUGUUGAAGGGUCUCCAGCACCCCAAUAUAGUUCGAUUUUAUGAUUCCUGGGAAUCUAUAUUAAAAGGAAAGAAAUGUAUCGUAUUAGUGACUGAGCUAAUGACAUCUGGAACCUUAAAGACGUACUUAAAACGAUUUAAAGUCAUGAAACCAAAGGUCUUAAGGAGCUGGUGCAGGCAAAUUUUAAAGGGGUUGCAGUUCUUGCACACUAGGACUCCUCCUAUUAUUCACCGGGAUCUGAAGUGUGACAAUAUUUUCAUCACGGGACCCACUGGAUCUGUGAAGAUUGGUGAUCUAGGAUUAGCCACCUUAAUGCGCACAUCAUUUGCUAAGAGUGUCAUUGGAACUCCUGAAUUUAUGGCCCCAGAGAUGUAUGAAGAACACUAUGAUGAAUCCGUAGAUGUUUAUGCUUUUGGAAUGUGUAUGCUGGAAAUGGCCACAUCAGAGUAUCCUUAUUCUGAGUGUCAGAAUGCAGCUCAAAUAUACCGUAAAGUAACUAGUGGCAUAAAACCAGCCAGCUUCAAUAAAGUCACUGAUCCUGAAGUGAAAGAAAUCAUUGAAGGAUGUAUUCGUCAAAACAAAUCCGAAAGGUUGUCUAUCAGGGACCUAUUAAACCACGCAUUUUUUGCUGAGGAUACAGGACUGAGGGUGGAGUUAGCAGAAGAAGAUGAUUGCUCAAAUUCAUCCCUGGCUUUAAGACUCUGGGUUGAAGACCCUAAAAAAUUGAAAGGCAAACACAAGGACAAUGAAGCUCUUGAAUUCAGUUUCAAUUUAGAAACAGAUACACCUGAGGAAGUAGCAUAUGAAAUGGUCAAGUCUGGGUUCUUUCAUGAAAGUGAUUCCAAAGCUGUUGCUAAAUCCAUUAGAGACCGGGUGACCCCGAUAAAGAAGACAAGGGAGAAGAAGCCUGCUGGUUGCUUGGAAGAACGCAGGGAUUCUCAGUGCAAGUCUAUGGGGAAUGUAUUCCCUCAGCCCCAGAAUACAACUUUGCCCCCUGCUCCUGCUCAGCAAACUGGGGCUGAAUGUGAAGAAACUGAAGUUGAUCAACAUGUUAGACAGCAGAUUCUACAAAGAAAACCACAGCAGCACUGCUCCUCUGUUACAGGUGACAAUUUGUCUGAGACAGGAGCUGCAUCAGUUACACAUUCAGAUACUUCAAGUCAGCCCAGUGUAGCCUAUUCCUCAAAUCAAAUGAUGGGCUCUCAAAUGGUUUCUAACAUCCCGCAGGCUGAAAUAAAUGUUCCAGGGCAAAUUUAUUCAUCUCAGCAACUAGUAGGACAUUACCAGCAAGUUUCAGGGUUACAGAAGCAGCCAAAACUGACUCAACCCCAGGUUUCCCCAUUAACUGUUCAGAAGGUUCCACAGAUAAAGCCUGUAUCCCAACCAGCUGGAGUUGAACAACAAGCAGCUCUUCUAAAACCGGAUUUAGUUCGAAGCUUGAAUCAAGAUGUGGCAGCUACGAAGGAAAACAUCAGUAGCCCUGAUAACCUAAGUGGAAAUGGCAAACAGGAUCGGAUCAAACAGAGAAGAGCUUCCUGUCCCCGACCAGAAAAGGGAACUAAAUUUCAGCUUACUGUCCUUCAGGUGUCAACCUCUGGAGAUAACAUGGUGGAGUGUCAGCUGGAGACACACAACAAUAAGAUGGUCACCUUCAAGUUUGAUGUUGAUGGUGAUGCACCAGAGGAUAUUGCAGACUAUAUGGUUGAAGACAACUUUGUGCUGGAAAGUGAGAGAGAAAAAUUUGUAGAAGAAUUGAGAGCUAUUGUAGGUCAAGCCCAGGAGAUCCUUCAUAUCCACUUUGCCACAGAAAGAGCCAUUGGAGUUGACUCUAUUACUGUGGACUCCAACAGUAACCAGACAGGGUCAUCUGAACAAGUACAGAUAAAUUCUGCAUCUACUCAAACCAGCAAUGAAUCUGCUCCUCAGUCAUCCCCAGUUGGUCGGUGGCGAUUCUGUAUCAAUCAAACGAUAAGAAACCGUGAGGCUCAGUCUCCUCCUUCUCUUCAGCAUUCCAUGUCUACGGUUGCUGGCCUACAUCCACUUCCUAGUCCAAAAAAAACAAGUAAUAAGGAAAUAUCACGGGAUACACUGCUCACUAUAGAAAAUAAUCCAUGCCACCGUGCACUCUUCACCUCCAAAUCAGAACACAAGGAUGUGGUUGAUGGUAAGAUUUCUGAGUGUGCUAGUGUAGAAACCAAGCAGCCAGCCAUACUUUAUCAAGUGGAAGAUAACAGGCAGAUAAUGGCACCAAUUACUAGUAGUUCCACUUACUCUACUACUUCAGUUCGUGCAGUUCCAGCUGAACGUGAGGGAUUCACCAAACAAGCGAGCAUAUUCAUACCUGCGUAUCCACGCCACCAAACUGCCAGUCAGGCUGAUGCACUUAUGUCCCAUCCUGGCGAAUCAACUCAGCUUGCUGGUAACUCUGUUACAACUCCGGCAUUUGAUCAAAAGCCUCAUACCUUAUCAGUACAGCAGCCAGCUAUGGAUUCAGAGGUUAUUACCCAAGAAGGAGAAACUACAGUGAACACUGAAACAAGUUCUCCUAAGACAGUCAUUCCCACUCAGACCCCUGGCCUUGAACCAGCUACCCUUCAACCCACUACUGUCCUGGAAUCAGAUGGAGAAAGACCUCCAAAACUGGAGUUUGCAGACAACCGAAUUAAAACUCUGGAUGAAAAAUUAAGAAACUUGCUCUAUCAGGAGCACAGCAUCUCUAGCAUCUAUCCCGAGAGUCAAAAGGAUACCCAAAGCGUAGAUUCUCCAUUUUCUUCCUCGGCUGAAGAUACCCUCUCCUGUCCAGUGACAGAAGUCAUAGCUAUCAGUCACUGUGGAAUUCAAGAUAGCCCUGUACAGUCCCCUAAUUUCCAACAGCCAGGCUCUAAGAUUCUGUCCAAUGUGGCUGCAAGUCAGCCUGCUAAUAUAUCAGUGUUCAAAAGGGACCUGAAUGUGAUAACUUCUGUACCCAGCGAAUUGUGUUUACACGAGAUGUCCUCAGAUGCUUCACUUCCAGGGGAUCCAGAGGCCUAUCCUGCUGCUGUGUCAAGCGGUGGAGCCAUUCAUCUGCAGACAGGAGGUGGAUAUUUUGGCCUAAGCUUUACUUGUCCUAGUCUCAAAAAUCCUAUUAGCAAGAAAUCCUGGACUCGCAAAUUAAAAAGCUGGGCAUACAGGCUACGGCAGUCAACCAGCUUUUUCAAGAGAUCAAAAGUCCGUCAAGUGGAAACAGAAGAGAUGAGAUCAGCAAUUGCUCCUGAUCCCAUUCCUCUGACACGGGAGUCCACAGCUGAUACUAGGGCUUUGAAUAGAUGUAAAGCGAUGAGUGGAUCAUUUCAGCGGGGUCGGUUCCAGGUGAUUACAGUUCCUCAGCAGCAGUCAGCAAAAGUGACAUCUUUUGGAAUAGAACACAUAUCAGUGUUCAGUGAGACGAAUCAUUCUAGUGAAGAAGCCUUUAUUAAAACAGCAAAGUCUCAGUUGGUAGAAAUAGAACCUGCCACACACAAUCCAAAAACUUCAUUUUCUUCUGAGAAGUUACAAGCUCUUCAUGAAACCUGUAAAGAAAAUAAAGGAGUUCCCAAACAACGUGACAACUUCUUAUCUUUCAGCACAGCUUGUGAGACUGAUGUAUCUUCAAUGACCCCAGAAAAGGAACUGGAAGAAACUCCAGAUGCAGGAAGUAGCAUGCAGUCUGGAUCUGAACCAUUGCUUAAAGAGAAAGAGAUGCUGACUGCUGGGAAACAGCCUAGCUCUGAUAGUGAAUUUUCAGCCAGUCUUGCUGGCAGUGGAAAGUCAGGAGCAAAGACUGGUCCAGAGAGUGAUCAGUGCUUACCCCACCAUGAAGAACAAGCUUAUGCUCAAACACAGAGUUCGCUCUUCUAUUCACCAUCUUCCCCAAUGAGCAGUGAUGAUGAAUCAGAAAUAGAGGAUGAGGACUUGAAGGUGGAGCUUCAAAGAUUACGAGAAAAACACAUUCAGGAGGUGGUAAAUCUUCAAACCCAGCAGAAUAAGGAGCUGCAAGAACUCUAUGAACGCCUUCGCUCAAUUAAAGAUAGCAAAACCCAAUCUACAGAGAUUCCUUUGCCACCUGCAUCACCACGUCGACCAAGAUCUUUCAAAAGCAAACUUCGAAGCCGCCCCCAGUCCUUGACUCAUGUGGACAAUGGCAUAGUUGCUACAGGGGAAAGCUGCCUUAUAAAUGACUUGGAAAAUCCAGUGUGUGUGGAGAGUAAUACAGCAUCAUGCCAACAGUCCCCAGCCGGUAAAAAAGGGAUGUUCACAGACGACUUACACAAGCUGGUGGAUGACUGGACAAAGGAAGCAGUAGGAAAUUCUCUUAUUAAGCCAAGUUUAAACCAACUUAAACAAAAUCAACACAAAUUAGAGACAGAAAAUUGGAACAAAGUACAUGAAAAUACUCCAUCUACUAUGGGCUACACACCAACAUGGAUUUCUUCUCUGUCCCAAAUCCGUGGAGCUGUCCCAACUUCCUUGCCACAAGGACUCUCACUCCCUUCAUUUCCUGGGCCAUUAUCAUCAUACGGAAUGCCCCAUGUUUGUCAGUAUAAUGCUGUGGGGGGGACGGCAUAUCCAGUCCAGUGGGUAGGAAUUUCAGGAACAACACAACCAUCUAUAGUAAUUCCCACCCAAUCUGGGGGACCAUUCCAGCCAGGGAUGAAUAUGCAGCCAUUUCCAACUUCAUCAGUGCAGAAUCCUGCCACAAUCCCUCCUGGGCCUAAAUGAAUCAUAGUAGAUGAUAAAGAAAAGGGAGGUUUCUUCUGAAUUGUUUUCAGGACACCUAAGAUAUUAAAGUUUGUUCCUCUUGGGUUCUGUCAUAUAUUCUCUCAUUUGAGUUUACUUUAGACUAUAUAUUUUUUGUUUCAGUGUGAUAUUUGAUACAGCUCAUCAUUCUGCAGAAAUGGUGCAGUUUGCACAUAGAACACUGCGCACAGAAAAGUUUUUUCACUUCAAAUUCUAUCCUCUUUGAUACUUGAUUUUUUAAAAAAUACUGUUCAGAAUGCUUUAAUAAGCUCAGCUUGAGCAUUACCAUUUCCAGGAUACUUUCCUUGAAUUACUGAGAAGCCCCCCAACCCUACCCCCCCUUUUUUUUAACUGCUGCUAUCUGCAGCUGGAUACUUUUCUUUAAAAAUGUUUAAAAAUUAUUUAGAUUGAUUCUCCCCAAAUGUGGAUGAACUGAGACCUUCCAUCAGCCAGAGUCUUAUGGGAUCUUCACAUGUUUGUCUUAGGUUUACCUUUCACAGAAGGCAGGGUAACUUGCUGCAGGAAACGUUUUGGUGUAUAAAAUUAGAACCUUUUUUUUUUUUUUUUUUUUUUUUUGAGAUGGAAUCUCUCUCUGUCGCCCAGGCUGGAGUGCAGUGGUGUGAUAUUGGCUCACUGCUGCAACCUCUGCCUCCUGGGUUCAAGCGAUUCUCCUGCCUCAGCCUCCUGAGUAGCUGGGACUAGGCGCCUGCCACCAUGCCCGGCUAAUUUUUCUAUUUUUAGUAGAGAUGGGGUUUGACUCUGUUGGCCAGGCUGGUCUUGAACUCCUAACUUGUAAUCUACCUGCCUCGGCCUCCCAAAAAAUUAGAAUAAUUUUGUCAACCAAUACAGAACAUGAGCCCUUUUUAAUGUGAUUUCCCAUCAUCACAGCAGUAGGAUGAAGCCUUGUUUUGGGUGAGGCAGAGGGAAAGGGAAAAAAAACAGAACUGUAACAGUUCCUUGAUUCUGCAGAUAAUGCUGCUCUUUUAAGGAUUUCAGUAAUAAUUCAAAGCAGCAAUCUCCUUGUUUCUCACAUGCAUACUACAUUGGUUUGGAGCAUCUGAGAGACGUUGGUUUGGCUUGCAUUCUUUUGCAAGGCAUAUAUUGCAGCUAAUAUGAUAAAUCUCAUUUGGGGGGAAUCUUUGUAUUCCUAACAAAGGGGAUUAAAGUUACACCUCAGUCCAUUCUUCUGAAGUGAAAUUUACUUGACACAGUAGGUUUUGAGACUUACACAUGAAACACUGGCUUUACAGGGUUUUAAGAGAUGUGGGAUAUACACUGUUCUGCAGUGCGAUAGUAGACCCUAGAAGGAGACUAUUUAAGUUGUCCUUAGCUCUUUUAAUUACCAUUUUUAGUUGUUAUAAUUUCUGUUUAGUAUCUAUAGUAUCUUAGAUGAUUUUAGAUCUUAAAUAAGUUUGGCAGCCUCUUUAGAAUCUGAGAGAGAUCACUGUCAAGUUGCACUUUACUGGGUUUUAUCCAGUUUUAGGAGGAGGGGAGGCAAUGUCAAAAUGUACACCUUUGGUUUUUAAGAAGGUUAACUAUAAUAAUCUUAAAGGCUAGUCACAGGGUUACCUAAUGCUCAGUCUGUGAAACCCAAAUAGAAUUAUUAAAAUGGUAUUUACCAACUAAGUAUUCAUGUUCAAACUACUUACCUUCCACUCUGAAGACUUCAAGGUCAUUUCCAAUACACAUUUACCUAAUUAGGAGUUCUGUCUGCUAGUAAACAUUCCACGCUGUUACCUGACAUUACCGUGAACAGAUUUUCCUCCACAUUCUAACAAUUGUACCCCAUGGGCUUGCCAGGUAAUGAGGAAAACUUAAUGGGUGUACUUUUUUUUUUUUUUUUCACAGUCUACUUUGUAACAUUCAGUACCUCCUUUCC